AAAAAAAAAAUAUAUAACUUCUCAAUAACUUAUGGUAAUCGUGUGCAGCAUUCCAGGAAGGGAAUAUACACACACAAUGAUCCUCCUCCAACACAACUCAUUCCAUUGAUUCGAAAAGUGUUUCAGUUUCACCAACACUUCGAACCACGUUGCUUGAACAUCAACAACAAAGCCCCAGUCCUUGUGCGAGAGGCACCAUGACAGGGCAGACACAAGGCUGGAACCCAAAUGAGGUCGAAGAUGCAAUGGCAGGAUGGGAUCCACGUAAAGAGCACUACAUGAGCUAUCAGAGUUCUGCUGUGGACAGCGAAGGACCUUUUGCAAACUUUUGCCGUUCAGGCAAUUUGGCCAGGAAAAAAGAAAAUGUAUCAGAGCCAUGUGGUCUCUAUGUCAAAAAUGUUCCUCUUCAUAUGAAACCUGAAAAUCUACAACAUCUCUUCAGUGAAUAUGGGAAAGUUCUAAGUGUUUUUGUCCGAAAGCACAAGCCGGAGCAGAGUAACUAUAGCACCACCUGGGCCAUCAUCAAGGUGGAGAGUAUGAGGGAAGUAAUUGCCAUGAUAGGUGGACUGAAUGAUAAGCCUCCCUUGAAUCUGAAGGUAGAGUUAUCACUGACGGAGGAGCAACGUGCAAGACGACGCAGGGAGAGGGACCUGGAACAGCAGUAUCAGCAGGAGAUGGAACAAGUAACUGCUAGGCGUAUGGAUGCCUCCUCUUUCCCAGUGCAGGGUGUUGUGGGAGCAAAACAACAAAACAGAAGGGAAGUACAGAUGAAAGGAACAGGAAGAGGGAGAGUACUUUCAUCACUGUAUGAGGGUAGCAGUCCUGGGAAUGGAGAGAAUGUUCAUAAAUCAAGCCCAUAUAGUAAAGACUUAUCUGUUCAAAGGUAUGACUCACCAGUAUCGCAAUCCUUGGAGGUCAGCAAGCCAGUAGAUGAUGCAGUCAUGGAGAUUGGCUGUGGUAGUGUUGCUGUAGGAUACAGGCGGCCACGACCUUGUGUAGCCUGUGGUGUUUUAGGUCAACUGAGAUGCUCUGUCUGCAAGGCAUGGUACUGUGGAAAACUCUGCCAGGUGGAUGACUGGUUUUACCACAGGGAAAAGUGUUCCCCUCCUCCCCCUUUAGAAGAAGAUGCAGACAGCUACAGCAGUUCACUUCUCUUGGAUGCCCAAAAGACCAACACCAGUGAAGUCAGUCAGUCCAUGCAAAACAAAAGGAACAGAGGGAACGAAUGCAGGAUAGUGCCUCCAGCUUUUCAGAAUCCUUCAUUUUCCAGCAAUGAGGAUGAUGGUUCAUUGGCCAGUGAGACUAUUAGAAGUAUUCCCCAGGAAGCUGUGGGAACUUCUUUGAACCAGAAUGGUCAAGUUGCUAAAAUUUCAGCUGGAUGGAGAGAGCAAGAUUAUUCAGCAAAUACAAAAGAUGCCAAGUUAUCAGAAAAAAAUCAGGUCUCAGAGAAAGGGAUGUCAUCCCGGAAGGUUAAUGGUCACAGUCAGAAAAUUCCCACAGGUAAAUUAAGGAGGCCAUACCAUGCCAUUGAUCAUUUUACCAAUGGAGAACCUAGUUUCAAUCCAGUUACAGAUGCAAGGGAAGGAAGCCAGAACAGCUCUGGAGAUCAGUCACUAAAUGGCUCAAGAAAUGAUGAGCUUAAUACUCCAGACACAAAGUCUCUCCCUACUAAUAAAUUGGAUAAAUUAAAUCUUACAGAAACUCAAGAAACCACUCUCAACACACUAAGUAAUAGUCCUCAAGUUACCUUAAGCAAUGGUAGUUUACCUCCAGAACAACAUACUCUGGCUGGUAAAGUUCAGGUUGGCUCUGAGUACCAAGGAGCUGUUAUAUCUAACAAAGGGGACUACAGAACUUUCACUUUAACAUUGAUGGCGGAGUCAUCAGAUAGUGUUCUUGACCAAGUUCUAGAGGUUCUUCCUAGCAUACCCAUGGAUCCAGACUUCAAAGCAGUACGUGGUUCUCUGGUAGCUGCAUUAUCCAGGCAGGAUGGGUCAUGGUACCGUGCAUAUGUUCAUGAUAUCGAAGAAGAGGAGUACAUUGUGUGUCAUAUUGAUUUUGGAGAUGUGGAAAAGGUUGACAAAGUUAAACCUUUACCUCCAGGACCUUUGACAGAUUUUCCUGGCUACUCUAUGAUUGGCAAAUUGCAUGCUUUGGUAAGGCCUGAGUAUCAGAAAGAACUGAAGGAUCUUAUUGUUCCUGACAAGCAGAUAACUAUCCAGGUAAUGGGCAAGAAAACAAGCUCUCUCAAGAUUGGUAUUAAAUCUGAAAAUUCUGGCAAGAUAUUGGCAUAUUAUAUUUUACGGUCAUGGUACACUGGCCUUCCUAAUCUUACACACCAAAGCACACCCACAGGAAAUGUUUAUGAUAUUGAAGUAAAUAACAACUCAGAAAACUCUUUCAACAAAAGCUAUGCACCUCAGGGAACCCAUGUAGCUACCACAAAACAAACAUCAGAUAGGGUAGCAGAUGUAUGUAGAUUUAUUCCCCAUUCAGUAUUGGUUUCUGGGGUUGCAAAUGGAAGUUCUCUCCUCAGCACUGGGAGCAGAGUUGAUGGAACACAAAAAAGAUUAGAAAUGGGUAACAAGACAGACAAGCCUUUGGAACAUUCCCCUCCUAAAACCAUGGAUGAGACUUCCCAUGCAGGCAGAGCCACAGGUGGAGGUAAAAGUAAACAAGGAAUUGCUGUACUCUCACCUCCUAAAGAUAAAUUAUCCAGUAUCGCCAAAAAGUUUUGGGCCCGUGAUCUACCAUCUACCAGUGUUGAACCAGAGAAAGAAUAUACAGUCCUUCCUAUUUGGUUAAUGGAGGACAACAUGCUUUAUGUGCAAAUUGUGUCUGAGAGCACUAUUGAUGCUUUUGGGAAGCUGCAGUAUGAUAUGAAUAAACACUGUGAGAAAGGCAAAGUUCCUGAUAGUAUCACUGUUGGUGAAAUGGUCUGCGGAUUUGUUAUAAGUGAAGAGAUGUGGUACCGCUGUGAAGUGCUUGCAGUUAAUGAUGAACAGAUUACAGUUCAUCUUUGUGAUUUUGGCAACCAAGAGCAGAUCCACAAGGAAAACAUUUGUGCCUUUACAGACAAUUUCAUGAGAGAUCAGAAAUUCUGUGUAAAGGUGAAAGUGGCUAAUGUCUCGAGGAAUGAUUCCAUUGCAAGAAUGAAGUUGCAGGCUCUUGUAGAUGGCCAGAAGCAGCUUGUUAUGUAUUCUCAAGGAACAGAACCAUUAGAGUUUGAGCUUUUUGAUGCUUCUGGGAGAAAUGUGUUAACAGAGCAACUUCAUAAACAGGAUAGAGCUGAUAUGGUGGUCAGUGAGAACAUAUCUGCAGCAGAAGUUUCAUCAGGCAAGCCCUUUCCCUUGGGGAACAGUGAGCCAGCAGAAAAACCUGUCAAAGUAAAGCUAACAAGCAAUAUGCAACUGGACAUUGCAGAGCAGCCAGCAACACCAAAGACCUCUUCAAGUGGAUGCAAGUCAGAUGAUGCUCAUUUGUCAGCAUCAAAAGUGGCAUCAGAUUCUGCAACCUAUAAGAUAAGAAUGUAUGAGGAAUGUAAAUCAACAUCUCUGCCAAUUUCUGACAACAUAAUCAUCAUUGUGUUGGAAGCAAGCAGCCCGCAUGCCAUAAGUGUCGUUCCAUACGAGUCUUUAGACUUGUAUGAUAAAUUGGAAAAACUGAGUGUGACUAUGAACCAGUACUGUAAUAGCAGAGUUGGGUUGUAUAGACCACGUGUCGGGGAAAUGUGCCUUGCAAAAUUCAGUGAAGAUGAUCAGUGGUACAGAGGAGUGUGCAUAGGUAGUGAUGUUGAAACUGCAGCUGUGUUCUUCGUUGAUUAUGGAAACCAUGAAAAUGUUCCCCACAACAGGCUUUGUCAGAUUCCAGAGUCUUUCCUGGAAUUACCAUGUAUUGCUCUUCAUUGCAUUUUGAAAGGCAUAUCCAUAGAAGGUGUGAAAAAGGAGACCUAUGAACGUUUGCCGGAGCUGCUGCCGAAGAAUACACCAGUGAGUGUUACAGUUGUGAGCCAUAACGAAGAGGACGGAACAUAUGUUAUUGACAUACCAUCAGUCGUUAAUAGCCUUGUGUCAGAAGGCCUCGUUUGUAGGGAACGCUAGUUCGUUUUUCUUUUCUUUUAUGUCUGCUUACUUUCAGUUUGUUUGGUCUUUCUUUCAUCUCUUCUCUAUAAUUCUUUAAGUAUUAAGAAUGAAUAAUUUAAGGAAGAAAGAUAAUCAUUCUCCGUUUUGUUUACUAAACCUUAUUUUCCUUAUUAUAUCGAGUGAGAUGGUUAUGUAAUUCUUUAGUCCUUACCAAAGCCUGGUAUGGAAAACCUAUUAAUUAUUUCAGUUACAUUUUGAGUUUUAUGUAAUAUUGUAUUUUUAUUCAUGCUAUUUGGAUGCAUAUUGUAGAAUAAGCCAGAAAAAAGUAAGUCUUCUUUUUGAAUAAUGAAGUAAUAUGUCUGAAUUACUGAGGCAUAAUGUGUAUGUUUUUACAUUGAAACUCCAUGAUUGUUUUCUCCCCUCUACUCCU